AAUGAGUCACUUCCGAUCCCCAAAUGUAUUUCUCUGUCCAUUCCAAGAGUCACAUUUCUCAUAGAUGCAGGUCCAAGCAAAACCUAUAAAAUGUUACUACUUCAGGUCAUUAUUCUAUCUUUGUUUUUGUCUUAUGGAUGUGCACAAAUACAUCUGAAACAAGCUCAGUUGUCCAUUACCAGGGCACAAGAUAAAACUGCACGUAUAGACUGUGAGGCUUCUGGCAUUGAGAACUUCGGGAGUGCUAUUAUACACUGGUAUCGACACAGACCUGGUGAAGCUCCAGAGCGGAUUCUGUACAUCUCAUCCGCACAACCUGUCUUUGACAAAGACUCCGAUAAGAAAAAGUUUAAUUGUGAUAAGAAGCUUAACCAGCUCAUCUCUACCCUAACAGUAAAUGGAAUAGCACCUAACGAUGGAGCUACCUACUAUUGUGCCUAUUGGGAUGGCACAGUAGGCACUCGGCUCUCCAUCCGAGAUCCUAACUUACAGCCUUCUGUUUCUGAGACGCAGGCUCAACUGAAGCCAGUGAGAAUGUUACUGGUGCAGGUUCUUAUUGUGGCUUCAAUUUGGUCGUAUGGAGCUGCACAAGUACAACUGACACAAGAUCAGUUAUCCAUCACAAGGAAUCUGAUGAAAACAGUAAGAAUUGACUGUAAAGUUUCUGGCAUCAAUGUUGGGGAUGCUUAUAUACACUGGUAUCGACAGAGACCUGGAGAAGCUCCGGAAUGGAUACUCUACUUUAAGUCACACGCACAAAAUGAACAAUCAAAUUUUGACAAGGACAAAUUUAGCGUUGACAAGACAACUGAAAAAUCCACCUAUGGAUAUACGCAAAUAACUCUGAUCCAAACUCCAUUGUCUGUCACCAGAGCGGUAACUAAAACUGCACGUAUGGCGUGUAGAAUUUCUGGCCAAGGUUUUAAUCUUAACAGUGCUUAUAUACACUGGUAUCGACAGAGACCUGGGGAAGCUCCAAAGAGGAUUCUGUAUAUUGGAUCAGGAACAAUUUCUAAGGAUGAAGGCUUCAAUAGCGAAAAGUUUACUGCUAGUAAUGAUGUUUCGGCAUCCACCGCUAAUCUCAGAGUAGACCAACUAACCCUAGAGGAUGCUGCUACCUAUUAUUGUGCCACCUGGGAUCGCACAGUACUAGAAAGCCAUAGACAACCCGUACAAAAACCCACUCUGCAUUCUGAGCCACAGCCUUUCAAGUGUAUGAAACCAGAACCAUCCCUUAUCCUUCCUGUCAACUUGAAACCAACAGCAGAAACUCCUGACUGUUUUCUGCAAUAUGACAGGAUGAACAGCAUAGAACUGCAUCAACGUGAUACUUCAAGCUGGAUCAAGUACUUUGGCACAGGAACCAAGCUAGUUGUUUCUGAUAUACCAGCAAAACUUGAUUACACCAAGUUUCAGGUCCUGCCUCCCUCUCCUGAACAAGAUGGGAAAGUAUCAUACAUGUGCCUCAUUCAGGAUUUUUACCCAGAUGUUAUUAAGGUGACUUGGAAAGAUGAGGACAAGAAGAAUGCAGAGAACAAUGCAGUGCACGAGGAAAUUUGGUCCCCUGGUAACAAUAAGCAAUCAUACUCAAUAAGCAGCUGGCUGACCAUAGAUAAAAAUAGCAACAAGAAUUAUCGCUGCCACUAUCAACAUGAAAGCAAAGAGGAUUUUGUCCCCACCGCAUCUCCAGACAAACAUGUAGUGUCUCAAACCAUAGGAAGUUGUAUCAACAAACCUGAAAAUGGCACCACGCUUUCCACAGAUAUUACAGAGCAUUUCAUGCACAGGACCGCCUCUUUAAUAUACAUUGUCCUACUCCUGAAAAGCAGCAUGUACUACGUCAUCGUACUCUUCUUCAUAUACAGGAUGCAAAGUCCAAUCAAACAUCGGGGGAAAAAACCUUAUAUACAAGCAAAACUUGAUUCCACCAAGAUUCAGGUCCUACCUCUUUCUACUGAACAAGAUGGGAAAGUAUCAUACAUGUGCCUCAUUGAGGAUUUUUACCCAAAUGUUAUUAAAGUGACUUGGGAAGAUGAGAAGAAGAAUGCAGAGAAAAAUGCAGUGCACGAGGAAAUUUGGCCCCCUGGUGACAAUCGACAAUCAUACUCAAUGAGCAGCUGGCUGACCGUAGAUAAAAAUAGCAACAAGAAUUAUCACUGCAACUAUAAACAUGAAAAAGAUACUCGUUCUGUCCCUAUCAAAUCUCCAGACACCUUUUCAGACACAACUGUAAUGCCUCAAACCACAAGAGGUUGUAUCAAGAAUGCUGAGAAUGGCACCAUGCUUUCCACAGAUAUUACAGACAGUUUCAUACACAGGACGGCAUAUUUAAUAUACAUUGUCCUUCUCCUGAAAAGCAGCAUGUACUACGUCAUUGUACUCUUCUUCAUAUACAGGAUGCAAAGUCCAAUCAAGCGCCAGGGAAAGAAACCUUAAACUUCUCCGUACACCUUCCAAAGUCAGCAUUUGUGUCUGCAAUUUACUUUGCUUUGCCAUAAGCCUGUUCAUAUGAAACUAAGGUCACCAGAUAGCAAGUGUGAAAAAUUGGGAUGGAGAUGGGGGGUAACAGGCGUCUAUAUAAGGGAAAAAACCCAAAUAUCGGGACUGUUCCUAUAAAAUCGGGACAUCCGGUCACCCUCUUUAAAACACCUUGCUCCAAAUAUUAAGACAUGCAUUUCUAUUUGAUUUUGUUGGCUAUUUCUCUAAUUAGCACAGAUGGCUUCUUCUGCUUGAGAGCGAACAGUUUUAUAUGUGACCAUAUUUUCUAUUAUAUUAUUUUAGUUUUGUAACUGUGGAACUUCAAGGGCUGAGGCUACACUCCUUGAUUUCAAUGGGAAUUUUGCAUCACAAAGUAGUGCAGAAUCAGUCUCUUAGGCUCUUGUCCUGCAAAAACACUUGUGCACACAAGCAACUUUUUGGAUGUGGAUAGGCCAGCUGCAUUCAGUGAAGUCAAUGGGAAAACUCGUCCCAUAAAUAUUUGCAGGGGUGGAGUCCUAAUCUGUAACUUAAAAUGAUUUGUCAUUUCAUUUCUACU